AUGGCUCCGGAGCUGUCCUGCUCCAUACCCAGCACGCCCCGGAAGCGCCGGCGCGUCAAGGCCCGCCGGCCGACGGCGCUGAUGGAGCUGGCGCGCGAGAGGCGGCUGGUGCCCGACGUGUGGAGCCUGCACGAGUGGAGCGCCUGGCUGACGCCGGUCGGUGUGACCGGUCAUCGCCACGACGCGGCAUUCUUCGUGGCGAGCGUGCCCGAGCGGCCGGCCUGCAGUGCGGACAGCACGGAAAGCGAGCGCGUCGAGUGGCGGCGGCCGGCUGAGGUGCUGGCGGACCAGGCGGCCGGCCGGACCGUGCUGAUGCCGCCACAGAUGUACGAGCUCAGCCGACUGCAACGGUUCGCAGCGUGGAGCCGCCUGGAGCGGUUCAGUCGCGAGAGGGCGCCGCUCGGUCUCGACCGCAUGUUCCCCGUCAUCGCCCAGCUGAGCGACGGCAACCAGCUCGGUCUGCUCCUGGGCGACGACCUGUACCCGGAGUCGCCGGACACGCUGGGCGAGAGAACCGUUAUGAAGCUGCCGCACACACUGCAGGAGGCAUCGAGCGGCAGCCGCCGCUGGCACCGCUCGCACAUGGGAAAGGCGUCCCUCUGCAACAUCCAGCUGCCGCAUGGACAUAUCGCGCCCGUGCCGUAUCCGGCCCGGGAGGCGGACAUGGUGUGACGCAGCGGACGCCGCGGCGCCGUCGGCCCGGCCGCCGCUCCGCGCUCAUUGGCCGACCCGGCCGGCCGCGCUUAGUUAUGUGACGUCACUCGUAGCUGCCGGUGGCAGGGUCGGGCGCGCCGGCGCCUGGCAGGGGAUCUGUCAGCAUCACGGUGCGGGAAUGCAGCGUGUUUUCACGCCGAUGGUGCGCCGAGGCAGCAGCUGCAGCAGUCCCACGGCUUGGCAUGGAAAGGCUUCAUGUCAGUGGACGGGGUUUGCGACACGAUUUGUUGAUGAUGUGUGCCAUUGGUUGUGCUCUAUUAGCACACAUGCCGAUCCGUGCAAUAUUGUUACUAUCCCAUAUUAUGCGAAUACACUACCCACGAUGAUUUAGAACCAGGUUUCACGCCACAGAAGCCAAUGGAAGCGCGGCACUGUUGAUGAGUCCCGAAUUGUUUCGGCGGCUGCUGUUAUCACUGGCCUCGCAGACCUCGUCCGCGGCUCACGGCUCGAAUCGUGGUGUCUGUGUACCGCCACGUCUGUUAUAAUGCGUGCAUCAGUGAGGUGGCCCAGCCAGUGGUCAAUAUGAACAAGCACGGCGAUGAGGUCGGUUAAAGCCACGGCGAGAUGCAGACGGCGCCAUAUGACCUCACCAGCUGUGUGUCGUGAGGCCGCGGAGACGUGACUGCAGCUUGCCGGAUUUGAAGUCCGACGUGCUGUGCACGUGCCUUUAGUGGUCUCACAGGUUCAGGAAAUGUGGUGCGGUGCGGCAAGUUCUUGUAUCGAAAAACAACUAACCUACAGUGUACCAGGACUGGUUAUACGUUAUAUUCUACUUCAGAGGUACUGGUUACACGGAUGUCAGGUUAUCAUUGGGAUACAUUAUACAAUAUUCUGAUUACUGAUUGAUGUCCUUUUAGUAGUGCCUCCUGUUGCAUCGAACACCACUCAUUUCCAAGAAAAGAACUGAAUGUACAAUUCCAUCCAAACAUGGUCUGUUCCGAGAACCGGGGCAAUUUUUAACCGCUGAUGUUUUGGCGAUGACGUUUGGCUCGACGCGCACGUUUGCGCUGGGCGGGGGUGACUCCGGGCCAGGUUUCAAUUUCACCAUUCGCAUGCCGAAGGCGAGGGGUGGAGAGGGCGGCCCUGUCACCGGAGAUAUAAGCUUCAUAUACCACCAGCAGUCAUCAGCAUGCGGCAAUGCAGAGGCGUCGUUUCAGACGCGCGUGAAUGGAAGGUCAGUCGGUGGAGCGUUGGACGCUCGGGCGUUAGUGGAAGGUUGGGUUUCAUCCCAAACCACGGUCAGGAUGGCCCCCGACCUCACUAAGGUGAAUUAUUUCUCAGACCCGCAUCGGCCUGGAUUUGGCGUCAUCGCGACUUGUCAUCCUGCGGUGGCAUGACUCAUGAAACUGUGAUGACUCAUGAGUCAUAACACGAUGGCUCACGAGUCCUACCAUGAUGACUCCUGAGUCAUAUCGUGACGAUUCAUGGCCAUCGUGUCGGUGGCUGUGUUGUUGCCUCGCGUUACAACCCAAUAUACUGUUUUUCUGCA